AGAAAGAGUAAUAUAAAUUGAUCAAAACUACUCACUCCAAGGUCUGAUAGAUGUUUUUAUAAAGUUCCAUUUCUUUAUAAAAGGAAGCAAACGGGGAGAACACAGAGGAACACACAGUCUCUAAACUUGUCAGCAAGCAAUGAGACUUCUGGGUCAUACACUUUGGUUCCUUUCAUUUCUUCUCUUCACUUUUUGUCAGAGACCCACGUUUGCUUCAAAAAAUACAUACGUUGUGUAUUUGGGAUCCCAUUCACACGGUCCUGAAGUCUCAUUGACUGACCUCGAACGAGUGACAGAGUCUCACCUUGAGUUUCUUGGAUCGUUUGUUGGAAGCUCUGAUGCUGCAAAAGAUGCUAUCAUUUACUCAUAUACAAGGCAUAUCAAUGGAUUUGCUGCAACUUUGGAAGAUAACGUAGCUGCACUGAUUUCAAAACAUCCCAAAGUUGUUUCACUAUUCUUGAACAAAGGCAGAAGGUUACAGACAACUCAUUCAUGGAGUUUCUUGGGACUUGAAAACAAUGGUGUUGUUCCUUCAAACUCAAUUUGGAAGAAGGCGAGAUUUGGUGAAGGCACAAUUAUAGGCAAUCUUGAUACUGGUGUCUGGCCUGAAUCCAAAAGCUUUGACGAUAAUGGCUUGGGACCAAUUCCUUCUAAGUGGAAGGGAAUAUGUCAGAAUGACAAAGAUGCUAGUUUUCGUUGCAACAGGAAACUUAUUGGAGCAAGAUACUUCAACAAGGGCUAUGCUGCGGUUGCUGGUCCACUCAACUCCUCUUCCUUUGACUCUCCGAGGGACGAUGAUGGCCACGGGACUCAUACCUUGUCAACAGCCGCAGGCAGUUUUGUGCCAAAUGCUAGUGUCUUUGGCUAUGGUUUAGGAGAGGCAAAAGGAGGUUCUCCGAAAGCUCGGGUUGUAGCAUAUAGGGUGUGUUAUCCUCCAAUAGCUGGAAAUGAGUGCUUUGAUGCGGAUAUCCUAGCAGCAUUUGAUGCAGCGAUACAUGAUGGUGUUGAUGUGUUGUCAGUGUCUUUAGGAGGAGAUGCAACUCCCUUCUUCAAUGAAAGUGUUGCAAUUGGCUCUUUUCAUGCUAUCAAGCAUGGUAUUGUAGUAAUUUGUUCUGCUGGUAAUUCUGGACCUGCAGAUAGUACUGUCUCCAAUGUUGCCCCAUGGCAAAUCACAGUUGGUGCUAGCACCAUGGACCGGGAAUUCCCUAGCUAUGUUGUUCUUGGGAACAAGAUGCGGUUAAAGGGAGAGAGUUUAUCUGACACAGCACUGCCAAGCAAUACGUUCUUUCCGUUAAUCAACGCCGGGGAUGCUAAAGCUGCUAAUGCAUCUCUGCUAGCUGCAAAGCUAUGUAAGGGAGGAGCACUUAAUCCUGAGAAGGUAAAGGGAAAGAUCUUGGUAUGUCUUCGAGGAGACAAUGCAAGAGUGGACAAAGGCCAGCAAGCUGCCUUGGCAGGUGCAGUCGGGAUGAUUCUUGCUAACGAUGAGGACAAUGCGAAUGGAAUUAUCGCCGAUGCUCAUGUCCUUCCUGCGUCUCAUAUCAGCUACACUAAUGGUGUUGCUGUUUUCACUUACCUCAAUUCCACUAAGUCUCCUACUGGUUAUAUUACACAUCCAGUGACAGAACUUGGCAUAAAGCCAUCCCCUUUCAUGGCGGCCUUUUCAUCAAAAGGACCCAAUCCCAUUACACCUGAGAUCCUAAAGCCUGAUAUCACUGCGCCGGGAGUGAGUGUAAUAGCUGCAUUUACUGAAGCACAAGGACCGACAAAUGAAGAUUUUGACAAGCGUCGAGUUCUGUUCAACUCAAUAUCUGGUACCUCAAUGUCAUGUCCCCAUGUUUCGGGCAUUGUUGGGCUUCUAAGAACUCUUCACCCGGACUGGAGUCCUGCAGCUAUUAGAUCUGCCAUUAUGACCACUGCCACAACACGAGAUAACAAUCUGGAGCUGAUUCUCGAUUCAUCCUUUACUACAGCAACACCGUUCAGUCGCGGAGCAGGACAUAUAAACCCGAACAGUGCCAUGGAUCCAGGUCUAGUGUACGAUUUAGGUCUCAACGAUUACUUAAACUUUUUAUGCGCUUUAGGGUAUAACGAAACACAACUCUCAUCAUUCUCUGGUGGCCCUUACAAAUGCCCCAUGCCUAUUAGUCUUACCAACUUUAACUACCCUUCCAUUACAGUCCCAGAGCUUAAAGGCUCGAUCACCUUGUCUCGAACGAUUAAAAAUGUAGGUUCACCAGGUACGUAUUAUGCUCGUGUUAGAAAACCAAAUGGAAUUUCAGUUUCCAUCAAACCAGGGAGCUUAAAGUUCAACAAGCGCGGCGAAGAAAAGACCUUCAGUGUCACCUUUAAGGUCAGUGAAGCUAGUGUAGUUAAGGAUUAUGUAUUUGGGGAGUUGCUGUGGUCUGAUAGUAAGCACAGUGUCAGGAGUCCUAUAGUGGUGAAGGUGGUGUGAUGGACUAAUUUGAUGUGGUUGUUUGAUGGGGGACUAAUUGUUCUAAACCAUUAUUCAACAA